CUUUCAUUGCUUUCGCGACCGGGCGAAAGAAGCGGGUGGUUGAUUUUUUUUCCUCGCGAUGUUGGUAUACCCGAUUUCUCUAAUCCUACAACUUUUAUGCACACCCAUCACAAUUACAUAUGUCGGCACACCCUACACCGCACUCAUAUUGCCGAAAGGACAUUGUAAAUUAUGCUGUCCGAUGGAAGAAGACGACGUCACAUUCCACAUCUACGGAAGGGAUCGUCAUCAUUUCUACUACCAGCAGUAUAAUGAGAAGGACCAGAAGGAAAUUCUUCAUAACGGAAAGACAAAUGUGAUUUACAUCCAUGGAUUUUCAGAACAAGCUAGCGGUCCAGGCGGCCAAGAGAUGAAAGAUGCAUUCAUGACGAGGACCACGGUAAACAUAAUUCUUGUCGAUUGGCGAAAACUGGCAGCUCUGCCAUGGUACGACCACGCGAUAAAGAACACCCUUUAUGUCGCCAAAGCGGUCGCCAAAUUCAUCGACGACCAUGUGCACAGCGGCGUGCCGCUCCACAAAUUCCACGUCAUCGGUUUUAGCCUGGGUGCUGAAAUCGCAGGCCUCGUCGGCAAUCUUGUCAAAUCUGGAAAAUUGUCGAGAAUAACUGGUCUCGACCCGGCGAAGCCGCUUUACAGCCACAAAAGCCCAGAUCAGCAGCUCUCACCUGACGACGCCCAUUUCGUCGACGUCGUCCACACAGACGGGGGCAUCCUCGGCUUCCUGAUGCCCAUGGGACACGCGGACUUCUACCCCAACGGAGGCACACCGGCGCAGCCGGGCUGCGCCGUCGAGGAUUUCGCCAGAACCAAGAACUUGGAGGAAUUCAUUGCUUGCAGUCACAGCAGAGCAUGGAAAUAUUACGCAGAGACCGUGAGACAUCCGUUUAAUUUCCCCGCAGCACCUUGCCAUUCCGAAAAGGAUUUCAAGCAUGGAAAAUGCCCCAUAGACGAAUCGAAAGGCAUCUACAUGGGCUAUUUGGUCUGUCCAAAACUGAGAGGAACAUUUUUUCUCAACACUACUCACUACCCACCGUACGGCGUUGGAGGAGAAGACUAUUGGGAUGGGCAUCACCACCAUUGAGGCCUUUCCCUGUCCAUACUAUUUUCCUAAUUCUUCUAUACCUAAGUAUAGUACUUUUUGUAUUUUUUUAUAUAUAAAUUAAUUAUUUU